GCGUGCAACAGAGGAGGAGUGAGGAACAAAGAGAACAAAUGCAGGGUGUAGGAGUCACAACAAUGAUGGUAGUUGUCCAGAGCUUGGAAGUGGGUUUGAACAAUAUAAUCAAAGUUGCCACCACCAAAGGGAUGAGUAACCUUGUUUUCAUUGUGUAUUCAAACGUUGUGGCCUUGUGUUUGCUUCUAUUAUCUACCUUCAUCUAUCGCAGAAAGAGACCUUCUUCCCCAAUCACAAGGUCAACUUUAUGCAGAAUAUUUAUUCUUAGCUUGGUCAGUUGUUCUGAACAGACAUUGAUGUAUACUGGUAUUGGAUAUAGCUCUCCAACUCUGGCUUCAGUUAUGGUGGAUCUCACUCCAGCUUUUACCUUCAUAGUUGCCAUCGUUUCCCGGAUGGAAAAACUGGACCUGAAACUAGGGAGCAGUAAGGCGAAAAGUAUUGGCACUGUGGUCUCUAUCAUAGGGGCGUUAACAGUAACCCUAUACAAGGGCAUGCCAUUGACUGACGAUGAUAGUGAUUCACUGCAAAACACUGUAACAGUUGCCCCAUUCUCCUCACACCAAUCAGAUUGGCUACUUGGAGGCUUACUCCUCUCAGCUGCUAGCUUCUGCCUUUCCCUCGUGUUCAUUAUCAAGACAUGGAUUAUCAAGGACUACCCUGAAGAGUUAACGGUGACAACCAUUUCUUGUGGUUUUGUGGUCAUUCAAUCCACGGUGGUAGCUUUUGCUGCAGAGGGAAGUUCAAAAGCAUGGGCACUGGGAUUUGAUAUGGAGUUGAUAGCCAUAUUGUAUUCAGCAAUUUUUGUUGUGUCGUUGCGUAGCAUUGUGCAUAUAUGGGCAUGUCGCAAGAGGGGACCUGUGUAUGUUGCUAUGUUUACUCCUUUGGGCAUGGUCAUUGCACUUGUGAUGGGAAUCAUAUUUUUGGGGGACACCCUUUAUCUUGGAAGCAUUAUUGGAGCUACUGUUAUAUCUAGUGGAUUUUAUGGUGUAAUAUGGGGCCAGGCUCAAGAGGAAAACAUGGUUCAUGAGAAAAAUGGAACGUUUCGCUUUGUCUCAUCAUCUUCUUCCCAAGCCCCUCUGUUGCAGAACAAGAGUAUGGAGGUAUAG